CAGUUGCGAUAUUGUUGUACUGCGAUGUGGUGUAGGUUCCAACCUUUCACUUUCAACAUCGGCAUCUCCCAAAACUGAUUUACGAGUACAACCUUCUGCAUCAGUCGAAUUUGCGCCGGCGCUCACAGCUGACUCGAGUGACGCGGGACAAAAUGAGAGCCGCAUUCGUUCUGCUACUUCUCCACUGUGUGAUGUGCCUUGUGAUAGCGGAGGAGCCGGCCGACACCAAGGAGCUCGUCGACGAAGACUACGACGAACUGGGCCGCAAACACCGGAAGAGGAAAAAGCAUCAGAAUAACCCCUGCUACGGAAGGACAUUUGGAGAGAAGUUCGGACAACACGACUAUACUUAUGUCAACGCUCCGGUGACUAAUUACUUCUUUGGAUGUGGCGGCGUUCCUGCGCCUCCUGCACACGGGGGACACGGGAGUCACGGGGGACAUGGGGGUCACGGGGGUCACGGGGGUCACGGUGGACAUGGAAGUCACGGGAGUCACGGGGGGCAUGGAAGUCACGGGAGUUACAACGGAUAUGGCAGUCAACCCAACUUCGCAUACAAUCAAGGCUUUGCUCCGUACCAAAACAGACCUUUCUCUAACGUGGUGUCCGCCGCAGCUUCGGGCUUCGGCAACGCGCUGGGCAACUACUUCAACCGGGCCAAAAAGUUCAACAGACAAGUGAAUCAGUAUCUGCGGCCAUUAUACCACCUAUUUUGAAAUUGUUUCGUUUCUGUAUCGCGUCUCAAUCUCAGUGUAUGGACUGUGUUGUGCAAAAGUGGUUACGUAAAGCUUGCAGGUACCUAUCCAUAUUCAUAUCUAUCGCAACGAUAUUUUCAAACGUAAAGCAAUUUUUGCAAUGAUGGUGGUAUAGUGUUUUGAAAAACGUAUUUUUAUUAUUUAAGUUAAUUUUAAUUAAAAACAGUUAAUUUAAACUUUUCUUUACAUAUAUUUUACGCACUCAAAUGUAGGUGCAAUAAAUGACAUUCAAUGUCAUCGUGUUUAUUCAGGCUGGACCUUGGUGCCAUAUUCUUGUUCAUGUCAGUACAGCCUCGAAGAUGGCACGAUGUUUCCUGUUUUAAGUUUCCGCGUCAUUGCUGUGCAGGUAUUUUAUUUCCCUUCAAUUUUCUUCAUGCUAAAAAACAAUAAAAAUGUCAAAUCCUCAUUAUGUUAAUAAACUUGUGCAAUUUAAAUAAGAAUUACUGUAAGUUUGUAAAAGGAAAUGUUUCUUUUUAUUUGGUAGAUUUUGAUAAUGCGCAGUUUGUCGCAUGUCGCCUUUUGUCUGACUAGUUAUUAGUAAUUACGUAUGUACAUUUUAAAACAAUCAACUAAUAUAAUGAAUAUGAUUUGUACCUACAAUAUAUACAUAUACAUACCAAUAACCAAUAAUUAUAUAUUACUUCGAUGGGUACAUACGUACGAGUAGAUACGUUACACGUAUUACUGUACCAAGUGUUUAUGUACCUGUUUCAUAUUAUGAUAGUACCUACCUACCUUUUAAAUAGUACUAUACUUUUUAAACUGUAAUAAAUUGUCGUAAAAAGCGUGAUAGCCCAAUGGAUAUGACUUCUGCCUUAAAUUCGAAGGGCCUCGGUUUAAAUCCGGUCAGGGACAUGCACCACAAACUUUAUUACACUAACUCGGUUAUGUGAAUUUUAAGAAAUAUAAUAUAACGUGUCGCAAACGGUGAAGGAAAAGCAUCGUGAGGAAACAUAUUUAAUAAAUACCUGAGAAUUUCCUUAAUUAUCUGGUAUUCUAUGGUCUCUCUCUAUCUCUACGUGUGUGAAGUCUGCCAAUCCACAUUUGCCCACCGUGGUGGACUAAGGCCUGCACCUUUCAAUUUAAGAGGAAACUCGUUCUUAACAGUUAGUCGAAUAUGGGUUGUUAACACACUAAUAUUAUAAAGGCGAUAGUUUGUCUGUAAGUGUGUAAGUUUGUUCCGCUUUUACGCUGCGGAUACUGAAGCGAUUUGGCUGAAAUUUGGAAUGGAAAUAGAUUUUACUCUGGAUUAACACAUAGGCUACUUUUCAUCCCGGAAAAAUCCAUUGUUCCCGCGAGAUUUGUGAAAAACUGAAUUCCACGCGGACGAAGUCCGCUGGUGAUGAUAAAUUGUCAUUUGAAACGUUUAAGAUAAUUAUUUGUACUCGUAGGUACGUAUACUUAUUAGCCACACCCUAAUCUUGGCCUGUAGCCAUGUAGCACGUCGAUUCUCUUUCGUGCUAACACUAAUCGCUUCGAAAACUUAAAAAAAUGAAUGUGUGUGUAAUAAAAUCGAGUGUGCCACAUGCUACAGGCGCUGGUGCGGUUAGGGUGUCGCUGUCGUCGCGGUUUUAGUUUAUGGGCCUAUGCACACCACAUUUUUAAAACGCGCAGCCGACGUCCGUCUGUGGCGAUACAAAUGCGACGCUAACGCGCGUGUGUAUUAUUACAAACGACGGCAAACUGCUCUGUAUAGGAUAAAAGUCCGCCGUCGAUGCACGUUUCUAAAACGCGCGUCAAGGGUGUGUUUAACAAACGUGGUGUACAUAGGCCCUAAUUACUCUGCCCUAAUGUUUUGCAAAAUGACGACCGCUGAGACGUCAGUUCAUGUAGUCUUUGCGUUUAUUCAAGCUUUUGCCACCGGGUCAGAGCCAUACAAAUUUGUGGCAACUAUAAUACGUGUUUCAGAUAAGACUGUAACAAUAAUGAAUACUAGGUAUGUCAAUAACAAUAUCGGUACCUACAUACCGUGUUCAUUUAUAUAAAUACCUUUACCAUUGUCAUAGUCUCUUUUAUAUUUUGCUUUCCAAACAUAUUUGUUCAGCUGGACCUUUAUUAUGUAUGGUAUAGAUCUAUAGAUAUAGGUGCUUCAGUUCUAUUUAAGUAACCAUGUAAAAAUUAAUAUUUAAAUAAAUAAGCCAUUCCCAAGUUUUCUAUAUAAUAUACAAAACUUUUAUAACAAGAUAUAAUGUUUAUUUUUAAUUUAUUUGCGUACCCAUUUUCGAGUAAGACCUCCUCCAUCAUACAAUGUGCUGUCUCGGCAGCCAACCUCAUCCGAGUGCGACCAUCGAGGUGAGAGAGGGUCCCCCUGUGUCACCCCUCUAUUUAUUGCAAACGAAGGACGGUGCGUUUUUAUUUUAUAGAUACUCUACGGGUUUUAAAAUAUAAAUGUAUAUUUUCUAUAUAC